AUGGUAACAAUUUACUAUAGAAGUUCGUGGAACCCUUGCUAUAUUCAUGCCCCAGUUGGCGGACACUGGAGUUCUCAUCCAAUGUCUGCGCAUCCCGAACGUAGAAAAUGGCUCACAAUUACCAUUGAAGAUAUUAAAUAAACAAAGUUAACGCCUGUGGAUGGUCCCGACAAGGGAAGACCAUAUGGUAGACAACCUUAUCUGCCCAUCUGGUAGGGACAAACCUUCGGGGGAGAAACAAAACUUUUCUCUUUACUAAUGCAUCCCCAACCCUAAAGCCUACUUCGAAAGGGACAGAGACCCUGUUUCAGCUACAUUAAGAUGGAUCAUACCUGGUCAUAGGGAGUGCCCUUCGGAGUCCAAUUUCCACAACCUCACAAUAUUAUUUCUGUGAAGAUGUUAAAGAAUUCGUAUUUACAAAUGGAAAUGAGAAAUGAGAUAACCCAUCACCAGGCCAAAACUACAAAAUUACUGGCCCUGGAGCUUAUGCUGUUUUUCAUGGAAAAAUAAUCGAAAUCAAGCCAGCUAAGAGGCCAGUGCUUUUAAUAUCAGAUUUAGAUAAUACAUUGAUAGGGAAUUAUCAACCUACAAUAGAGGCUUUAGCAAGAUUUAACGAUUAUUGGAUCCAAAGCCACUAUUUUACAGGCUCAAAACUUGUUUACAACACUGGCAGAAGCCUUGAAGAAUUUUUAGCUCUAUAUGAGGAAGGAUACCAAAUUUUAGAUCCAGAUUUAUUAGUUACAGCUGUAGGAAGUACUGUUUACACACUAAACUUUGAUACAGGAGCUUACGAACUUAGAACGGAUUAUUAUGAUCUGUUCAAUCAAGAUCAUUGGGAUUCCCAUAUCGUUGACAGAAUGGUACAGCAAGAAUUUCCAUGACUGAUUUUUCAUAGUCAAUCUUUUAGUUGUGAUUUUUUUAUGGAAGUCAUUUUCUCGGCCUAUUUAGUCGAAACUUUUUUCUCAUAGACAUUUGCUUGUUUAUUUUCUAACAAAACAUCUGAAAAAAAUAUUUUGAUCUAAUAGCGCUGAGAAAAUGCCUGAAAGAAAAAAUAUUCCCAAGGAAAAGACAUGCAGCUUGAUUUUACCUGAUAAUUGUCACAUUUAUCCUUUUAAGAUAUGAUUUACUGCAAAAACUAAAGAUGUGAAUAAAUAUUUAAAAGACUUGAAAGUGUUUUUAAGGAAUCCAGAAAAUAUUGUGACUAAUGGGAAAAUAAUAAAAGCAAAAACCAUUGUAUCUGGAAGAUAUGAUAUGAGAUAUAUUGAUAUAACUCCUUUGGAAGGAGGAAAAGGAUUAGGGGUAACAUAUGCAAAAAGGCUAUUCGGGUUUGAUGAUAAAGACACAAUAGCAGUAGGAGAUUCAGGAAAUGAUAUAGGAAUGAUGAAGGGAGAUCAUUGGAGCAUUAUCGUGGCGAAUUAUGAAGAUGAUUUAAUUGAGUGGCUAGCUACUUCAUUGAAUAGCGAAUAUAUCCUAUAUUUAUUUUUAAUUACAAUUAAUUUUAAUGCAAAUAAAAUAUCCUCUCUAAUUUAAAUAAUUCAUUUUAUAAUUAUUCUCAAAAAAAAAAUCAUAAUAAAGAGUAAGGAAAAAAGAAAGAAAAAAUAUUUUAAUUGCAGAGCACAUGUUUGGAGAUGCCGUGCAGGAAUGCAUAGAAAAAAUUCAUAACACUUAUUAG